AUGCAAGGCAUCCGAUGUGCCUGUCGACGGGCGAACAGUGUUGCACAACUUGUACUUGGUAAACAACGUCAUACCAUCGGUGCAUCCAAAUGGUCCAAAUUAGCUUACCAACCCACCGCUAAUUUUCAUAUUGUUGGCAAACGAAAUGCUGCAGCUCAACAAGCAGCACAACAAAAAUCAACUUCAAGCAAACAAACGCAAACAGGCCAACAAACCGCUAAAGGCGCUAAAGGUCGCGUUGUAUCAGUUAUUGGUGCCGUCGUUGAUGUUCAAUUUGAUGAACAGCUACCACCCAUUCUUAAUGCACUUCAAGUUGAUGGCCGUUCUCCAAAACUAAUUCUUGAAGUCGCUCAACAUUUAGGCGACAAUACCGUUCGAACAAUUGCUAUGGAUGGUACUGAAGGUCUUGUUCGUGGACAACCAGUCACAGAUAUUGGUACACCAAUCAAAAUUCCCGUUGGUUCAGCAACAUUAGGCCGUAUCAUCAAUGUUAUUGGCGAUCCAAUUGACGAACGUGGUCCAGUCAAUGCUGAAGACUUUGCUCCAAUUCACGCCGACGCACCACCCUUUACUGACAUGAACGUUGAACAACAAAUUCUUGAAACUGGUAUUAAAGUCGUCGACUUAUUAGCACCAUACGCUAAAGGCGGUAAAAUUGGCCUUUUCGGCGGUGCCGGUGUCGGUAAAACAGUCUUGGUCAUGGAGUUAAUUUACAACGUUGCCACAUCACAUGGUGGUUAUUCAGUCUUUGCUGGUGUCGGUGAACGAACACGUGAAGGAAAUGAUUUAUAUCAUGAAAUGAUCACAACUAAAGUUAUUGAUCUUAAAGGCAAAGGCUCCAAAGUAUCACUUGUGUACGGACAAAUGAAUGAACCACCCGGUGCACGUGCACGUGUCGCUUUAACUGGUCUAACGGUCGCUGAAAAUUUCCGUGAUAAAGAAGGAAAAGAUGUACUUCUUUUCAUUGACAAUAUCUUUCGAUUCACACAAGCUGGUUCGGAAGUAUCAGCUUUAUUGGGUCGUAUUCCAUCAGCUGUCGGUUAUCAACCAACAUUGGCCACUGAUAUGGGUACUAUGCAGGAACGUAUUACAACAACGAAGAAAGGUUCCAUCACAUCAGUACAAGCUAUUUAUGUACCUGCUGAUGAUUUAACAGAUCCUGCUCCAGCUACAACCUUCGCCCACUUGGACGCCACUACUGUCUUAUCUCGUGGUAUUGCUGAAUUAGGUAUCUAUCCAGCUGUCGAUCCAUUAGAUUCAACAUCACGUAUUCUCGAUCCAAACAUUGUCGGUGAAGAGCAUUAUUCAGUCGCACGUAGCAUUCAAAAGACACUUCAAGAUUACAAAUCUUUACAAGAUAUCAUCGCCAUUUUGGGUAUGGAUGAAUUGUCCGACGAUGAUAAAUUAACUGUAGCACGUGCACGUAAAAUUCAACGAUUUCUUUCACAACCGUUUCAGGUAGCUGAAGUAUUUACUGGAACACCAGGUAAAUUGGUACCACUCAAAGAAACAAUCAAAGGAUUCAAGAUGGUAUUAAACGGUGAAUUAGAUCAUUUACCCGAAGGUGCCUUCUAUAUGGUUGGUGGUAUCGAAGAUGUUUCAGCUCGUGCUGAAAAACUUGCCUCAGAACGAUAA